AUGAAAAUCUCGACUUUCUCGAUAUUUAGUCUUUCGGCGGCACUGCCAUUUUUGCCAACGGCCGCAAAGCCGUCGGUCCCUGCGCCAAAGUACGACAAGGACCUCGGCUGCUGGCCAAUCAGCGUCGAGCAUGAAGCCACGUACUGCAUCGACGGUCCCGUCUGCAGCGGCGUCGGGCCAUCACGUACCGGGUCCAAGUGCCCUGUCAAAGGUGAUGUUGCCAUCGCCAACUGCCACUCGAAUAUCACCCGCGAGAGUGUCGGCGACUACUGUGAGCUUUCGGUCGACACCUUCUGUACGGUCAUUAACACGGGGGCCUGGGGAUGCGCGAUGACGUCCAGCGACCACCCCGAACCCGUACCUACGGACCCUCGCAACCCUCACCACGAUGACCCUAACCACGGAAAGCCUCAUCACGACGACCCCAACCACGUAAAGCCUGAGCACGGCCACUCGCACCAUGGCAAUCCAGACCAGAGUAACCCGCACCAGGGCAACCCGCACCACGAGAACCCGUGGUCCCACCACCACAACAAGACCCACGACAAGCCGCACCAGGGCAACCCGCACCACGAGAACCCGUGGUCCCACCACGACAACAAGACCCACGAUAAGCCGCACCAGGGCAACCCGUGGUCUCACCACGACAAUAAGACCCACGACAAGCCGCACCAAGGCAACCCGAACCAGGGCAACCCGUGGUCCCACCACGACAACAAGACCCACGAUAACAAGACCCACGAUAACAAGACCCACGACAACCCGCACCAGGGCAACCCGCACCACGACUCGUCUUCCCGCAAUGAUGGGAGUGGGAGCUACCACAGUGGCAGCUACGAGGACGGCAGCUAUGGGAACGGCAGCGGCGGCAGUGGAUCGUUCGGCAGCCGCAACGUGGCCGGCAUUGAGACCAUAUCGGUGCAGUCGACGGGCGCCCAGGAAACUUCGGCUGGCGGUGUGUUCGUGGGCGUAAUCGGCGCCGUGGCGGCAGCAGCGGCAGCGGUGGCAGCGAUCGCUGGAGUGGCCAUUUACCGCCAGCGCGGGACGACGACGCCGAAGCCAUUGGCGGACUCGACGGCGGUAGAGGUCGUGACGCCGUAG